AUGCCAGACGAACCAGAACCCGUUUCUUUAUGGCGCUAUCCCCGCAAUUUCCUCAAAUUCUGUCAGGCGCAGUGGUUCUUCAUCGGCCUAGCGGUAUUAAUCGCCCUUGCACAUUCUUACCCCAAUUUUGCGCGCCUGGGUGGGCUUCUCAAGUCCCAGUAUACCAUCUCAUAUGGAGCCGUGGCGAUAAUCUUUCUCAUCUCGGGAAUGUCUUCUUCCACGCGUGACUUGAUGAAGAACAUUGGCCACUGGCGCGCGCACCUCACGGUUGCCACGAUGUCGUUUAUCAUCACAUCGGCGAUUAUAUACGGCAUAUGCACGGGCAUAGCGCGCGCACAAAACAAGGGCAUUGACGAGUGGAUGUUGGUAGGGCUCAUUGUGACGGCUACGUGUCCCACCACGGUAGCACUGAACGUGGUGAUGACGCAGCAGGCACACGGAAAUGUCGUGCUCACGCUCUGUGAGGUGUUCAUUGGCAAUCUUUUGGGCGCCUUUAUCUCUCCGGCCUUAGUCCAGAUGUACACUCUCGGAAUGUGGGCGUUUGCAAACCCCGCGGCCGACAGCUCCGUGGGUGAUUUGUACCGCCAGGUGAUGAAGCAGUUGGGACUUUCAGUGUUUGUGCCGAUAUUUGUUGGCCAGGUUGUCCAAAAUGUAUUCCCCCGGCAGACUAAAUGGUGUGUAUCCACGCUUAAGUUAAACAAAGUGGGCUCGUUUAUGUUGUUGUUGAUCAUGUAUGCAUCGUUUUCCACGGCUUUCUACCAGAAUGCUUUCACCUCCGUCCCCACCGCCUCCAUUAUCUUUAUUGUGUUCUUCAAUAUCGGUAUUUACGUGUUUUUCACCAUUCUCUGCUACUUUUACAGCCGGCCCUUAUUUCUUUUGUGGCUCUUUCCCACCGCUCCGACGUCUGACUCGUCCAAAACCUACUCCGUGUGCUAUAAGAUCUUCCGCCCGUUCUACUAUAACAGAAAGGAUACCGUCUCAGUGAUGCUCUGCGGUGCCGCCAAAACCGCGGCCUUGGGGGUUUCCUUGGUCACGUCGCAGUAUGGCUCGCACAACGAGCACUUGGGACAGCUCCUUGUGCCUCUCGUGUUGUACCAAUCGGAGCAGGUAAUGACUGCACAGGUUUUGACCCAUUUCAUGAAGAAGUGGGUGCAUGCUGAAGAAGCCAAGACCAGUGAUGAGGAAACUGCUGUAGAAGCAAAGGCUAGUGAUGGGGAAACUGUGGACGCGUCAGACAGCGUGUCUAAUGGGGUGCGGCCUGGGACAAAUCUCACACCGGAAUCAUAA